AUGCAAGAUUGCCCUAAAGGACAUCUAACGAAAGAACAAUUUAUAAAAGUUUAUAAAGAUUUUUUCCCAUCGGGUAGUGCUGAAGGAUUUUGUGAACAUGUUUUUCGGACAUUCGAUACGGAUAACAGUGGUUUUAUUGAUUUUAAAGAAUUUCUACUGGCAAUUAACGUGACAAGUUCGGGUACACCUGAGCAAAAACUUGAAUGGGCGUUUAGGAUGUAUGAUAUUGAUGGUAAUGGUACUAUCGACGAAAAAGAAAUGAUUAAAAUUAUCGAGGCAAUAUACGAAAUGCUUGGACCUGAAGUAACAAAAUCAGCAGAUGAUUCGCCGAGAAAACGAGCAAAAAUGAUUUUCGAAAAAAUGGAUGUUAAUAAUGAUAAGGAAUUAACAUUGAAAGAAUUCGUUGAUGGAUGUCUUGCCGAUAAGGAACUUUUCCAGAUUUUAACUAAUGAAAGAAUGUUAACAAUGAUCGGGCGUCAAAUUGGUGAAAAAAAAAAAAAUCUAUUUUUAUUGUUUUCAUUUUUAUUUUUAUUUUUUCCCAAUUUUAUUAUGGGUAGAAAUCAAAGUAAACUUAAACCGGAUCAAUUAAGUGAUUUAUUGAAUUGUACGGAAUUCACGAAAAGUGAAAUUAUCGAAUGGUAUCAUGGUUUUCGUAAAGAUUGCCCAUCGGGUAAUCUUUCAAUUGAUGAAUUUAAGAGGAUUUAUGCAAAUUUUUUCCCGAAUGGUGAUGCGACACGUUUUGCUGGACAUGUUUUUCGUACAUUUGAUACGAAUCGCGAUGGUAGUAUAGAUUUUCGAGAAUUUCUAUGUGCACUUUCAAUAACAAUUCGUGGUAAAAUCGAUGAGAAACUUCGUUGGGCUUUCAAUAUGUAUGAUUUAGAUGGUAAUGGAUAUAUUUCACGUGAUGAAAUGCUUGAAAUUAUAACGGUAAGCGAAAAAUUUUUAAAAAGAAAAUCCUUUUUUUUUUUUUUUGAAUGA